AUGCCAUUAGAACGCAAAAGGAAAAUUAUUGCUACAUCAGACGGUCCACCAGCCAAAGACAAGAAGUUGGAUGUAUCAGAACCUGAAACAGAAUCUGAUUCCCCGCAACCUGCAUUAUUAGAUCUUCCACUAUUAGCACUUUCUGGGGUCAUUUCAAACUUAAGUUUUAAAGAUCAAGGAAAUUUUGAGCGUGUUUGUACAGCAACAAGAAGGGCAGUAAAAUAUUUUUGGAAAUCCCAAACGCUGUUUGAUUAUUAUGAAUUUACGAAUCGUUUGUUCAAGUUAAAUAACGAUUCCAGUAACUAUCCACUUGCUUGCCAUCACAUUGCACUGCAGCAGUUACCACAUGUACUUUCGCUGUAUUCCAACUACGCUUUACGGGAUUUCAGUUUUCGAACGUUGCCACUGUUGACCGCUGAAGAUUUGGAUGUUAUAGUCGCCAGUUCAAAUAAAAGCACUGCGGAAAUCUUUAGUGGAGUUCGAAGUCUUGACUUGAGAGACGUUUGUCUGAACUAUGAAGAGUUAAAUUGGUUUUCUCUUGCCUGUCCAUUACUUUCAAGCCUAAAAGUGACUUUCAAUGCAGUGGCCAUGGAUACGUUGUAA